AUGACCGGUGGCUCGGCCAUGGACCUGAAGCAUCACGUAUGGCGACGGGGCCUGUUCCCUUGGAUGAGUGUGCUAUGUCUGUUUGUGGAUGGCUCGGCCGAGCUCCAAGCGGCCCACGACCUGUUGGAUCGAUCACCCACCGAGAUACACGCUGGGCGUCCCACGUCAUCCAUCGGCAUGCGCGUCAUCACGGUUCUGACCGAUCCCAGCGCCGAAUAUCACACGGAUCCGUGGGAGGAACUGUCGUCUAGCUUCCCCGAUCCUGACACCUCAGAUCCGACAAUUUCUAUCCUGGAUCUUCGAGAUCGCCACGACCUAUCUCCUCGCGCCGCCUUUGAGCCGCUGCGGCGUACCCUGCUGGACCAGAUCCAGAUCAGCCGGGACCAGCGGAUGCAGCAGGGCUUACUCUUCUCUGCCGAGCAUUUGAAUCAUCUCUGGAAUCGGACCCUUUGCGGGGGCCAGCUAGUGACUCCCGAGGCCCGCAUCGAUUGCCUUCGGAUCGCCCGGGAGAAGCUGCCGGUCGAUCCAUCGCUGGGUUCCCGUCUUGCGGAAUUUGUCGCUUACGCGUCACGAGCUGGCUGCCCACCACAUGACAUUCACAUCGUCGUCGCAUCCGCGCUGCUGAUCGAUGCUUACCCUCCCGGCAUGCACAGGUUCCGGGCGGACGACGUCUACGACAGCCUAUAUCGAGAGCACUGUCGGGCAGCGUGGGAAAUCCACCAAGACCCUCACCCGGAUCGGCAUUGUGAUGCGGUGCACAAGUGUUUGGCGCAGUUUGUGGAGCAACUGGGGCCGCGACGCUCUUCGGUGGCCAUCCACAGGGAAGUAGUCACCGCGGUUGGGACCCGGUGGCCGGGGGUCUGCCUGCCAACCGUCUGCUGUUUCUGCCUCUCCCGAUCGAUCGAGCACAUGCUGCCGUGUCGGCAUGCGAUGUGUGACACUUGCGUGACAAUCUUCGGCAGUCCCAGCCGCAGCGCCGAGUACCAUGUGGAUCUCAGCCGAUGUCCCUGGUGCCAAGACGCGUGCGAUCUCACCGUGCGUCAGCUUCCGCCGACGAAAGGUGCCGUAGUCGUGGCCCUCGAUGGGGGCGGGAUCCGCGGCCUGGUCACUCUGGGCUUGUUGCGGGCACUGGAAAGGCGAUUGGACGGCGCGAUGUCGAUUGCUGAGAUCGCCGACUACAUCAUCGGUACCAGCGUGGGCGCCUUCAUCACCACCGACCUCGUGUAUAACGGGACAUCCGUCGAAGAGGGAUAUCACAAGUUCCCAGAAUUUGCGCGAAAAGUCUUCCGGCCCUGCGGACCAGCCUCCAGACUCUGGCCGUGGCUGGCGGCUAUCGUAGGCAUCUUGAAAGAUGGAUAUUAUGACACCAACAGUCUUGACCGCACCCUCAACGAGCUGUUGCCUCCCACACUGCGACUCUUCGACGUCCCGGCCUUGCCCAUCCUGUUUCCGAAUUACCGCGGCGUCGGAUCCAGAUCGGAGAAGCUGCCGUACGAGGUGGUGCACGUGGACGGCGAGACACAAAAUCCGCGGUUGCAGGANCAGGUCAAGGACGUUCAGAGCCAGGUCAAGGACGUUCAGAGCCAGUUUACCUCGUUCCAACAAGAAGCCAACAGCCAGUUUGACCAUCUUCGAUGCCAAUUCGCAGAGCUGCAGUCCUCCGUCUCCAACACAACCGCCAUCCAACUCAACGCCUUACGCAAGUGGUUAGACGACCCCAUCGAACCCAUCUCCGCUCUCGUUUCCGCUCACGGCAAAUUGGCUUCGGUCAUUGCCCCAGACUUUCCGCAAACCGUGAGAGAAUUAUGGCAACUGAAUUCCAACAUCCCCGCUCUCGUUCGUCUGUCGAAACACUAUUCCGUGACCGGCUGGGAACGAUGGCAGCGAAGCGCCUCGGACGACACCGACCGGACCGAUUUCGCUGACUUAGACAUUGCGGUGGCCGCUUAUCCUCACCGAUGCCUAAUGGCCUUGUCCUCGAAAUGGGGUUUGCAGUAUGCCUUCCUGGAGCGACCAAGAAAACGACUGGCCGAGACGGAGGAUGAGCUGGAGGUAAGGCGUAUAAGGCUACGGAGAUUCUCAGGAACCGAUAUUGUUGAAUCCGUCAUCUCGCAGGAUGAGAGUGGCGAGCUCACGCGUCAGGACCAGAUCACCCACCUUAGACCUCCACAGCCGGUGCCGAGUGACUCCGUUAUUUCUCGUGUAUACGAAAAGUAUGCUGGCGCUCCAGGCCGGACGUCCUUUGAGUCUGCGCUGCUGGGCUGGGACGCAAACAUAGCCUCCGAACCAUCCCUGCGGAGUGGCAAGUCCCACCGCAGCUAA